CUUUCUCACCAUUUCCUCUACAAGACUACCUAUUCCGAAUAACAAUAUCAGUCUGCACAACUUGCAUCAAUAUCGAUCGAUCUUCUCAUCACCCACUGUCAUUUCCCUUGACAACGUCUUAACCACCUACUGACCUACGUCUUCCACCGACCUGUUCCCCGCACGAUUCUCAGCCGCAACCCAAACGUUUGACAUUCUCUCAAAAAAGACCGCUGCAGUCAGCAGGACUGAUCAGGACGAAGGUAUCUUUGGUGUGAGAUCGACUGGACUGAAAAAGCAAAUCAUAUUCUCAGUGCCCUGGCAAGGGUCAUCACAUCACCAUCAUCAUGGUCUCAGCGGGCCGAGUGUGCUGUAUCACAGCUCCAUUCCUCCUCUCCAUUGCCGUCCUGGUAUGUCUAGUACUGGUAUUCCUAGCUGGUACACAUGACCGGAAUAACACUCUUGACGACCUAUACUUUCUCAAGAUUGACCUGCGGAACAUAACCCUCACCUCGUCCGCCAAUUUAUUAGGUGAUGGCAACUCCAACAACGAGACCGUCCUGGGCGGUGCCCUUCAAGCUGCCAAACAAUCUCUGGGCCUGAAAGACUUUUACACUGUCUACCUUCGAAACUAUUGUAGCUGGAACGGCGAUGACACCUACGCCAACUGCACCAGCCCCAAAGCAUACUUUUGGUUCAACCCGAUCGAGGUCUGGGGGUUGAACGACACAGGCAUCGACGUGGACGAUUACCUCCCCAAGUCCUUCCGCCAUGGUCUGGACGUGUACCACGACGCCAGCAAAGCCAUCUUCUACUUGUACGUCAUUGCACUCUCGGCCACGUCCGUCACGUUGUUGGUCGGCAUCUCCGCCAUCUUUUCCCGUUGGGGAUCGUUUUUCACGACCUUUUGCGCGGCGGCCAUGGCCGUCCUCAUUCUCGGCGCCAGCGUCACGGUGACGGCAGUGUACGCCAUCGUCAAGGGUGCUCUGAACGAGACAUUGAAGAAGGAUUACGGCAUCAAGUCGACCGUCGGCACCAGGGUGUUGAGCGUGACGUGGAUAGGAACGGCGUUUGCGCUGGGUGCGGGAUUCUUCUGGCUUCUCAGCGUGUGUUGUUGCAGUGGCAGAAGUCCGUACAACCCUGCCAGCCGCGAGGCGAGACGGACGAGGGCCGAAAAGACACCCUACACGUACGAACGUGUCGGUAGCCCGUACUUGGGCCCGAGUGAUCAGCAGAGUGUGCCGUUGAACACCUUCGGACCGAGACCACCUAGCUUUGCACCACAGCCUCAACAUGGUACGGCGUAUGAGCCAUUCAGACCACAGCAGGUGUGAGCGGGGGUUUCUGGUUACGACCUUUCAGAGCUAGCAAGCGGGAACGGGACCCAUCGUCUUUUCGUCUUUUGGUUUCUUGGUGACGGAGACAACCUUAACUAUCUAAGCGGACAGGUAUUGGCUUGUCUCCUCGGUAUUGGAAUAGGCGUUGGACAAGGUGCCUUGGGGACUUGAAUAUGAGCGUGCAUGAGCGGCUGUUCUUUUCUUUUGGUGACGGGCAACGGGAUAUGCCAAAACGAGAACAAAAUUGACUUGAUCACAAUACGCGCGUCCAGACAAUUAUUAUGAA